AUGAUGUUUUCUUUCACUUCACUUGAUGAAACAGUGCAGACAUCUAUUAAUAGCAUAGUUGGUCCGUACACAUUUCCAUUACACGGCCAAAAUUACUAUCUAUUGGGCGGUUUAUUGCCGGAGGAAAGCACGAGGCCUAAGUUUGCUCAGCUUUACAUUUUCGACAUAAAGAAUGAAAUUCAAAAUAGAAUUGAUGCCGUAAGGUCAGGAAACCAAUCUAACGAUCUUGACCCACACAUCGUGGCAUCGUUGAAAGAUAUGAUUGAUGGUAACAAUGGUGUUAGGGACAUUGUCGUUGAGACACGCUCGAAUAAGCUUCAACGAAUCAGUGAGCUCCAUCCUCAUUACCUUCCUCUACAGUAUCCUCUUUUGUUUCCUUACGGGGAAGAUGAUUAUCGAGACGAUAUAAGUUUGAGAGAAUCUUCGCUUGCGGAUAAUAGAAAACGGAGGAAGGAUGGACUUAGGGUUGACAUGUACAAGGGUAUCGAAGACAAAAUUUUUAAAGAAGACACCGAGGGUAAAUCGAUUGGACAACGCAUUAUAAUUUCAGGGUCGUUCACCGCAGGUCCAAGAUAUAUGUUUAACAACUUCGUUGAUGCUCUUCAAAUAUAUAAUUGGAUUGGAUUUCGAACUCUCUUCAUCGGCAAUCCUCGAUGGCCUGAAAUACAAAGGGUAUUGCAAGAUACAAAUCUUAGGUCGGAGGAUCGGCAAGACAUUCUGUGUCGUGAGUUUAAUAUGAAGCUCGACAGUAUGAUGAGAAAAAUUAAGAAAUGGCGUAUAUUCACGUUUGCACUAUUGAAUUUCAGAAAACGAAAUCUACCGCAUGCACAUAUUUUGUUGUGGUUGCAUAAUGAUGACAACGCCAAGACCCCAGAAAAAAUUGAUAGGAUUAUAUGUGCUGAAAUUCCUGAUGAAGAAAUCGACAGAAAUAUGUACCAGUUGGUGGAGAAGUAUAUGAUACAUGGACCGUACGGUCAGGAGAAUUUGAAAUCUCUCUGUAUGAAGGAUCGAGUUUGCACGAAGCGAUUUACCAAGCCAUUUGUGCAGCAAACUAAGUUAGAUGCAAAUGGUUAUACUGUGUACAGGAGAUGGGAAGAUGGCAGAACAGUUAUGAAGAAAAAGACUACUCUUGACAAUGAGUUUGUAGUUCCGUACAAUCGGGUAUUGUUGAGUAAAUACAGAGCUCACGUUAAUAUAGAGCUAUGCAACCAAAAAAAAAAGUCAAACAAAUACCUGUUCAAAUACAUCAACAAGAGCCAUGAUCGAGUUAUGGCGGCAUUUUAUGAAACACGCAAUACUGAUUGCGGUGCUGAGAUUCGUGGCGAGAUAAAGAUGUACUACGACUGCAGAUAUCUGCCGGCAUGUGAGGCAAUGUGGAGGCUGUUUAAUUUUGAUAUUCAUUACAGAGACCCAUAUGUAAUUAGGCUAAGCUUUCAUCUCCCCGAUCAUCAGCCGCUUGUCUUCAAUAAAAAUCAGUCAUUACAAAGUGUUAUGGACAGGCCAUCUUCCAAGCAAACGAUGCUCUUAGCGUGGUUUGAGGCGAACAAGAAUUAUCCACAUGCUAGGAACUUGAGAAUUACGGAGAUUUUCCACAGCAGUUUGUGUAUAAAGAGGAUUCUCGCACUUGGGCGCCAAGAAAAAAAAGAUUUUCUAUUGGAUGCAUGUUAUGUGUUGGGUUUGUUAGACGACAAAGAAUACAUAGAUGCGAUAAGAGAAGUGAAUGCUUGGGCAUCUAGGGAUUAUAUAAGGAGGUUAUUUGCGGUUAUGCUGCUUUCCAAUAGCUUAAGCCAACCCGAACAUGUUUGGCGAAGUUGUUGGUCAGAUUUGGCGGAGGGUAUUGCUUACAAACAACAACGGCUUCAUAAUAAUCCAGAUUUAUCUAUAUCGGAUGAAAGCUUGAUGAACUGUACUCUCACUGAUAUAGAGAAAAUAUUGCAAAGUAAUGGCAACAGUCUACGUAAUUACGCGCCCAUGCCAUUUCCAACCGAAUUCGCGAUGGAAGACACAGUAGACAAAUCGUCUGGAGGUAAGGUGGUUGUUCUUGGAGGAGAUUUUAGCCAGAUUUUACCUGCUGUACUCAAAGCAUCAAGGCAUGACAUAGUACAUGCUAUGGUAAACUCCUCUCUGUUGUGGAAUUUCUGUCUUGUCCUGAAGUUGAGUAAGAACAUGAGAUUGCAGUCAUGUUAUUCUCCACCUAACGUGGACGAGAUUCCCGAUGACAUGCUGAUUGGUGCUUCAGAAGAUCCAUUCAGAGACCUACUGAGUUUCGUAUAUCCCGAUUUGUUGAGUGAGGAGAAGUUGUACAUGAGCUCAGAUAGUAUGUAUAGGGACGAGCAAACAACGGAAGAUAAUGAAGAAAUCUAUUCGACUGAAUUCCUGAACACAAUAAGAUGCUCGGGAGUUUCUUCUCAUGUCUUGAAGUUCAAGGUCGGUGCACCAAUUAUGCUAAUAAGAAACAUCGAUCAAGCUAGAGAAUUGUACAACGGGACCAGACUUCAAAUUAUUAGAACCGACAUUCACGUUCUGAAUUGCAAAAUUCUAUCCGAUAAAAAUAUCGGUCACAUGGUGUUCAUUCCUUGGAUGACUUUAAUACCAUCUAACUCCAGACUGCCAAUUAAAUUUCAGAGAAUUCCUGUUGAUUGUUUCUUUUGCAAUGACGAUCAAUAA